UAACGACGCCGUUGCCUCUGCUGCUCAUUGAUCCCUCCUCUUCGUGCAAUUUCUCCGCCAGCCUUGCUUUAGCAGGUCGCGGAGGUUCGCCCAGGCCAGUACGUCGUGUAAUCUUUCGCGUACAUGUUAACAUUGGAUGCGGACUACCUCGACCCACUGUAUUUUAUAACUCUGUCGAUCUACGGUCAGCGGUAAGCGUACGACGCCGGCGAAGAACCGUAAACGGGAGCCCCUCAGAUGAGAAUCAUCUAACCAGCAAUCAGGUCAUAGUUAUCAAAUAAGAUGAUACAAGCUUCCAAGUCAACUAUUAUUAUACUCAUAAUAGGCCUACUGAUUGCUAUAUUUGGAUUAACAGUAGGAAUACUUUGGUCCUUGAUUUAUUCAACAAUUAUACAAUCACAAUUGGCUUUAACACCAACAUCUUCAAAUUAUGAACUAUGGAAAGAAACACCGAUUCCUAUGUAUUUAAAAUUUUAUAUGUUUAAUCUAACUAAUCCUGAAGCAUUUACUUCACCAGAUGGAACCAAACCACACUUUGAGGAAAUGGGUCCUUAUGUAUUUAGGGAAAUUGAUUAUAAAGUACAACAAGACUGGAAUGAAAAUAAUACAAUAACAUAUCAAAGAAAAAGGGUAUGGCACUUUGAUGAGUCUUUGUCGGCAGGUAGUUUGUCUGAUAAUGUCACUAAUAUAAACCCUGUGACAGCUAGUAUUGCAUACAUGCUACGAUUUAAAGAUAACUUUCUGCGAGAUAUAGCUGACAGAAUUAUGCGUAUAAUAGGACAAAAGUUAGUGAUCACCAAGAGUGUUAACGAAUUUCUCUUUGAAGGCUAUAACGACACUAUGUUAAAAGUUGCUCAAAAAUUGAACCUUACAAGGAUGCCAAUGACUAAAUUUGCUUGGUUCUUUGGGAGAAAUGAUUCAGCAUCCUAUGAUGGAACAUUCAAUAUGCACACGGGUGUAACCGAUAUGCGUGAAUUAGGAAUAGUCAAGGAAUGGAAUUAUAAUAACCAUGUGAGUUACUAUCCUGGAGAAUGUGGAACAGUAAGAGGAACUAAUGGAGAUUUGUGGCCUCCAUUACCAGACAACGAAACUGUUUCUUUUUUUGUAUCUGAUAUUUGCACAAGCUUGACUGCAAAAUAUUCAAAUACGACAGAACACGAAGGAUUAUCGGGUGUUACAUUCACUAUCAACGAGGCCACUUUAGAUAAUGGCACGAAAGUACCAUCGCGAAAGUGUUACUAUGAGGAAGAAUCCAUACCCUCUGGAGCCCUAAAUAUUUCGUCGUGCAAGUGGGGUGCGCCAGCUUUCAUUAGUUUUCCGCACUUCUAUUUAGGAGAUCCAAGUUAUAGCGCAAAUAUCAUAGGAAUGAAACCUCAGAAAAAUAAGCACGAACUCUCAAUAUCCUUAGAACCUAAAACCGGUGUUCCAUUGAAAGUCAAUGCGAAAUUGCAAUUGAAUCUGCUGAUUGACAGGGAUGAAAAGAUAAAGAUGUUCAAGAACCUCACUAAGACGUUUGUACCAAUGCUGUGGUUCACGCAGGAAGCUACCCUAACUUCCGAUUAUGCUGGUACAGUCAAGUUUAUCAUAAUUUUAGAGUCGUUAGGUAGCGUGACUUUCUUCGGUAUCGGUGCUAUUGGUAUUAUAGUUAUGUUUGUCGGUAUUUUUGUGCUCGUUCGAAACAACUUUAGAGGCGAAGAGAAUCAAGUUUUAUUAACACGCUCUAUGAACGGCGAUAGUGGUAUUAUCGAUGGAUAA